AUGGGGAGCCAAGGAGAUUCAUAUUGUGGUGUUUUGAUCUUGUUGUUUUUGUGCGAUGUCAUAAAUUUGUUGGACUCUCGAUACUGUGAGGAGGGAAGAGCGAGCAGCCUGCAGGAGGGGAACUUGGGUCAGAGUGGGACCUUCCCCUGGCUCGGCGUUCUGAAAGUGCAUUUGCAUGAAGGAGAUUCACUGAAGAUAGCCAUAACGGGCAUUGUGCUUAUCAAGGAUAAGUAUGCGCUCGGCAACGCCAACGACAUCGUGAGGAUACCACGCGACGUGUUCAAGGCUGACACGAAGGCUUUGUUCAUACCGCAGAACAACGAGCCCUGGACCAGCGACGUUGAAGACUACAUCACGCAUCCGGAGUACGAGUACAGUAGCAUCAACACCAUCGCUGUUGUAGAACUCAAAUUGGGCAUUGACGACUUCAUACAGUUCAAACCGAUAUGCUGGCCGAAAUAUUCCUACAACACAUCGAAUCAUCUUUACGUGGUUGGAUACACUGACGAAAACAAAUUAUUAGAGAAGGAGAUCCACAAGUUGCAGUUUGUGAAGCAGAAGUACUGUGACGAGUUCUACUCAAGGGCUGGUUUGAAAGGCAACAAGCUGCAGCCGCUGCACGUACAGUGCGCGUUCUCUGAGCAUGCGGCGGUGGACUGCGUGUGGGAGACGGGUCAAGUGAUGGCGUCCAAUGCUACCGGACACUGGACUAUGAUAGGAUUGGGAAUCCGAGGACCAGGAUGCGCGGCGCCAGCUCGCUUCAUCAGCUUGUACCCCUACAUCGUCUGGAUCCAGACCACCACAGACUUGGAGCAGAUCAGCGACUACAGAAGAUCAGCUUUUGGCACCGGAUUCAGAAAAACUACGCGACCACAAAAGACAAUCGAAAAAUCUUCAAAAAUACGAGAAGUGCCCAUUCAUGAUACAUUCUUACGUGAAGACAACGAUGAAUACAAAAAUGCAACAGUAGAUGAUGCAACAGGGGAAAAUCGGACAAUGUAACAGAGGACAAUGCAACAGAGGACAAUGCAACAGUGGACGAUGCAGCAGUGAAUGAUGUUACCACGAUUGACAACAAUGAGAUUGAGAGCUCUAUGGACCCGGCCACCGUGUUGCAUCCGUACCGCAUCAAAUUCGACGACGAAGAAUUUUUCAAAGUCGACAGAAUUGAUGAGGAUGCUAUUAAUAUUAGCGUUUUUGGAGAUAAGUAUGAGAACGCGCCCGAAGCUUGCCAAGCUGAGAAAACCCUCAUAUAUAAGGAUCGGACCAAAAUAGUUUCCAAUACAUGGAUCGGCAGCGGUGCAUAUAGGCUCACGGUUUACGAUAUGAUGGUGAUGGGCUACACCUGCAUUAAAGUUCACGUUGAAUCACUUUCUCACGAACGAGCCAAAAUUUGGUGGAGAACCUCCAUCGACAAAUAUGAGGCCACCAGAUUUGAGGACCUCGGCUAUUUAGCCAAGAAAGUGAUCAAGAUUAUCCCAGUGAAGCCUCGAAUGCCUCAUCGAGUCUCGAACGAAACCACGGCAUCAUCCAGGUGGUCCCCCGCGGAGACUCUGGAAGCGCAGCACGUGGUGGACCAACGAGACUACGAGGGUCUACAGAAUGUUAACUUGCUCAUAAGGUUUACGUUUCGCAAAACGGCCGUUUUGAAGAUUUCCAUCUACGGUCCCCCUUACCCAUCGUUUGGAUUCACCCUGGCACCAGAACCUGACGAAACGACAACACCAAAGUCCCUUCGUGACCUCACUGAAUUAUCUGAAGAUUCCGACGAAGACUAUCAACCUACCUUUUCACCUAGAAACACAAUUAAAACUAUUAAUGAAACUAAUACCCCACAAGAUUUCGAUGAUAUAAAUAGAAAUAUUUAUAAAACUGAUACACCAAAAGAAUUUGUCAAUACUAAGUCAUAUGAAAUUGCAUCUACGACAACUGAAAGGAAAUAUCGUAUGGCAAAGUAUAAAAGACCUUUAGAAUCCAAUAAUCUGAUGAAGAUACCAAGAUUAAGGACUAGGUUACGUAAGGCGAUGCGAAGGCGAGCCGAGAGAAGAUACAUAGAUAGAAUGCGCGGAGAAAUGAAAUCAGGCGAAUAA